ACGGGUACAGUACUCUACUCCGUACUAGUACUGGAUUUGUGAAGGCACCAGAAGGCAAACCUGAGGUGACAUCCAAGUCGAGAGUCCAUAUCAAAGUGAUCCCCGCAACCACCUCGACGACUCAUCUUGUUGGCUUCUGGAAGUUGAGAAGCUAGACACACUACAUACCAAGGUAUAAUAGCUAGGCAAAUUUCACCAUGGAGGCCGAAAUCAAGUCCUAUAUUCCCGGGAUCGACUCUGUCAUUUCGGAAUAUUCAGUCGGAUAUCUGAGCCAUGCCUCCAACGCAUACGUGCCCGAUUCGGAUGCCACUGGUAUCACACCCUUAGAAGAGGCCGCAACCUCCAUCACAGCCCUUCUUUUGUCGGCCUCCGGCGACCCAUCUCCAUCAAAUGAGGAAAAACUUAGCCAGCUGGUCAACAAAUGGGUGGAAAAGUUCAAUGCUUCCGCUGCAAGUGGACAGCAGAGACAAGUCUCAUCGGCCGCCAAACGGUUAGACAAGACGAUCCAAGUGGGGGCUCAACGUAAUAUGUCCUCUACUCUGGGAAUAUCUACGACAGGUGUAGAUCUGGAGUCAGCAAACACCAGAAAACUCGAAUCCAAAGUGGAUCGAAAGAAGCUGGAGAAGGCUGAGCGAAAGAUUGCUGCUAAACAAAGCAAAAAGGUUUUCAAGGCCGUUGAAUAUGAAGCCUCCAAACUCAUCGGUCAAGUUGACGAUACUCGGUCCUAUGAAGAUUUCUUUAUGGCUGUCAACCCUUUACAGUUGGGGCAAUCUCAAACCAAGAGCAAAGACAUCAAAUUGGAUGGAAUCGAUGUUUCUAUUGGUGGUCUGAGAAUUUUGUCAGACACUACAUUAACACUGUCCUAUGGUCGAAGAUAUGGUCUUGUUGGUCAGAACGGUAUUGGUAAAUCGACACUUUUACGAGCACUAGCACGUCGAGAGCUGGCAAUUCCAACCCACAUUUCAAUUCUCCACGUAGAGCAAGAGGUAAGAUGACCAGCUUUGAAAUAUGCACAAAAGCCACUAACAUGCAAUUCAGAUUACUGGAGAUGACACACGUGCACUUCAAGCAGUCUUGGAUGCCGACGUGUGGCGUAAACAUUUGUUGAGCGAGCAAGUUGUAUGUAUUACCUAGACUAGAAGCAAGCAAGUCUAUUUUAGUGCUAUAGUACUGACAAAAUGUAUAGAAACUUGGCCAGCAGCUCAAUGCCAUCGAAGAGAAAAGGUCUUCAAUGGCUGAUACUUCAGCAGAUGCUGCGGACCUCGAUCAUGAGCGUGAAGGCCUGGAUCAGACACUUGGUGAUGUUCAAGCUAAACUAGCAGAAAUGGAAUCCGAUAAAGCAGAAUCAAGAGCAGCAACAAUUUUGGCUGGUCUUGGUUUCUCUCCAGAACGUCAACAAUUUGCUACAAAAACAUUCUCUGGAGGUUGGCGUAUGCGUCUGGCCUUGGCACGAGCACUCUUCUGCGAACCGGAUCUCUUACUUCUUGACGAACCUUCUAAUAUGUUGGACGUCCCCUCUAUCACUUUCCUUGCCAAUUAUCUACAAGGCUAUCCAAGUACUGUUCUCGUUGUAUCCCACGACAGAGCGUUCCUCAAUGAAGUCGCCACGGAUAUUGUCCACCAACAUUCCGAGCGCCUCGAUUACUACAAGGGUGCCAACUUCGAGUCGUUCUAUGCCACUAAAGAAGAGCGUCGGAAGACAGCAAAGAGAGAAUACGAGAACCAGAUGGUGCAGCGUCAACAUCUUCAGAAUUUCAUUGAUAAAUUCCGUUACAAUGCUGCCAAGUCCUCCGAAGCUCAGUCUCGUAUCAAGAAAUUGGAAAAGAUGCCUGUUUUGGAGGCACCAGAGAGCGAGUACACGGUCCACUUCAAAUUUCCAGAUGUUGAGAAGAUGUCUCCCCCAAUUGUGCAGAUGACAGAUGUUUCCUUCGGCUACACCAAGGAGAAGCCACUUCUCCGAAAUGUCGAUCUCGACAUACAAUUGGAUUCUCGAAUCGGUAUCGUCGGACCCAACGGUGCUGGUAAGACCACUGUUUUGAAACUUCUUAUCGGAGCAUUAACACCUACAUCUGGACUCAUUUCUCAAAAUCCACGUCUAAGAGUUGGUUUCUUCGCCCAACACCACGUCGAUGCUCUUGACUUGGCCACCAGUGCCGUAGGGUUCAUGGCUAAAACCUACCCUGGAAAACAAGACGAAGAAUACCGUCGCCAUCUCGGAGCCUUUGGUAUCACCGGUAUGACAGGUCUCCAGAAAAUGGAACUCCUAUCCGGAGGUCAGAAAUCCCGUGUCGCGUUUGCAUGUCUCUCACUCCAGAACCCACAUAUUCUCGUUCUCGACGAACCUUCCAAUCACUUGGAUAUCGAGGCCAUGGACGCAUUGAGUCAGGCUUUACAAGCUUUCCAGGGAGGUGUCUUGAUGGUCAGUCACGAUGUCACGAUGUUGCAGACUGUCUGUAAGAGUCUUUGGGUUUGUGAUAACGGGACGGUGGAGAAGUUUCCUGGGGACGUGGCGGCUUAUAAGAAGAGGAUUACGGAGCAGGCUGAUGCUGCGGGGGUUGCUGCUCAGCAUUAGAGUAGAAGAAUACGCUCAAUAGUUAAAUUCAAAAUUCUGACUACUAAUGGUGC